AACAAAAUCAAAGACCUAGAAUUACAACCUCUUUAUGGGAUGAUGAAGGCACUGUAUGUUACCAAGUGGACGUACGAGGUAUCUGUGUUGCUCGCCGACAAGGUAAGAAAAUUUUUUUUCUAUUUAUUGUCAUUUAACUUUUUUUAUUAUUAGAUAAUGACAUGAUUAAUGGUACAAAACUUCUUAAUGUAACCGGCAUGUCUCGAGGUAAACGAGAUGGUAUCCUAAAGAAUGAAAAAGGUCGCGUUGUAGUUAAAGUAGGAGCUAUGCAUCUUAAAGGUGUCUGGGUCACUUUUGCAAGAGCCAAAGCACUUGCUAUUCAGUUUAAUAUUGUAGAACAUCUUCAUCCUUUAUUUGUGGACGAUCCUGCACUUUACUUUUAUUCAAACCAAUUAGCACCUCAUAAUUACUUUAUUCCAAACCAUCCCAUCUAUCUUCAAUCGCAAGAUUCUUUCCAACAACAGAACAACUUUCAUCAACAACGUCAUCAUCACCGCCAUCAUCCUACUUCUGAGUCUAGUUCGACUACAACAUCGAACAAGACGAUGCAUGAUAAUUAUAUGCCCACCACACCUAUGAAUAAUAACAGUUGCUCUUCUCUCAUGUACCCUAACCAUCAUCACAAUAACAGUAGUUCAAGCCUUGAUUACCAUACUAAUUCAAACAGUAAUUCACCUUACCACCAACAUACAAGUCCAACCUCAACGAAUUCAAUGUAUACGCAUGAUUUACCUUCCGCUCCUUCUGUGCCAUCCAUGAUACCAGUGCAAACUCAAAUGUCAUUUUAUGGAUACACACCAUCUAGUACCUGUGCUUCCAGCUCUUCUUCUGCAGCAGUAGCAGAUACCAUGCAUCCUUAUUAAUUAUGAACUCCUUUUUUUUUGUUACUUUUUUAACAAUAUAUAUUUUUAUUACUAUAUGUACGAUUUGACUUUAGGAAACCCCCCC